GACGAAAAAUUAAAGAUACAAAAGUUCGUGUGUUCGCCCUUGAAUUUUCGUUAUUUCGCCUUCUAUGUUUCGUGUCGUCGUGUGUUCGCCUCGAAAGUCACGACAAGUAAGCAGUUUUCGACUUUUUGUGUUUUCGUGUCUUAGACAUUUCGACCCGCCGACACGAACAAAUAAGCAUUAUUUCGACCUUUCGUGUUUUCGUUACUUCGACAUUUCGCCUUACCGACACGAACACACGAAAUGGCAGAAAUCAGCCACAAUACUAACCAGCUAACCGAAAGUUUAGAAAUAAGUCGCCGAUGUAGAGUUUAACUGUUAUAUCAGUUAUGGCAGAAAUCAGCCACCAUAGGUUAGACUAUGUUUUUAUUUUUAAGCCGUUCAUUUAUUAUUUCAUUGAUUAUAAAACACACUUCCUUUGAUAUUUUUCCGGUUGUCAGUUCUUUAAAGCAUUAUAAUAUGGAACAUUUGGUAAUUUACUAUCAUAUCGGUUCCAUAUAUCUAGCUUUUUGUCGCUUUGUUUCUUGAGCCGACAAUUCAGGUCAUAUGAAGACCGUUUUCAGCUUUUAGUGGUGCUACCCCUUCUGGCAUUGUUUCAGGCACGAAAGGCCACCUGGGCAAUACCACCGACCCACUCUAAGUCACUCACAAGUUUAAAACCAGCAUGCAUUUUCUUAAUGUAAGUAUAAACAUAAACAUUUUUGAUUAAUCUGUUUCAUAGGAUUCAGUAGCUACUCUACCUUCACAUUAUUACUGCUGUGAAUAGGUGCACACUUAUAUAAGUAUUGUAGAUAUGUUCAGAUAAAACGGACCUUAUAAAGGUAAGAAAGUCAACCGUUUUACGUCACGACGUCUGGGCAAGACCGCUAUAUCAUGAAUACCCACCUACGCAAUAGUUUCCAAACUGCCACGCCUGCUUGUACCCAUGGUACACAUAACAACCUAAUAUCUGACCAAACUGUAGGCCUACGGUACGAGGGUGGCCUUCAUGGGCAUCGUCCUUACGUUGGCUAUGUAUUCCUCUAGCAUAGUAUCAACUGGUUCAACCUGCUAUUUAUUAUAACUCAUGAUAAAAAGAUGUAUUGCAUCUACCUUUAUAGCUUUUCAGCUGGCUACCCCUAACUUUACUCCGAGGAGUCGAAAUUUUCCAUUCAUCGAAGUGAUGGUAGGGUUCGAGUAUACCGUAGAAGAUAUGAACGUUCUGCCGACUGCUGUGUACUUGAAGGAGGUUUUUUGGGGGGCGGAGGUUCCGUCUUGGUCUGGGCAGGCAUUGCGCAUGGUUUAACAUAUCGCACACUUCUCGUCGUGAUCGGUGGGAAUUUGAAUGUCCAACACUACCGCGAUGUCAAUACUUGCGAGGCAUGUCAUCCCACUGUUUCAAAUUAAUGCCAAUAUCACCCUGUUUCAACAGGAUAAUGCCACAAGCCAUACAACUAGAGAUACUAAGUAUUUCCUCAGGAUGAUAAACAUUGCAUUUAUUAAUGACUGGCCCACAAAAAGCCCAGAUCUGAAUCCCAUCGAACACCUGAAGCGUAAUAGACGUCGCCCUAUUCCACCGCCCAACGUCAAUUAACUAACAAAAGCCUUAAUUUAGGAGUGGAACAACAUUUUACACACGUGUCCGUUCUAUGCGCCAACGAUACUAGGCAGUCCUCAAAGGAUUCUCUUAUAGAUUUUAUCAACUCCAGCGCACCAAAACUCUUUUGAUGAACAUCUUUAGACAGAAAACGACCAGAUGUCAGAAAAAAAUAUCCAUCAGGUCGAAACUCUCUAAGCUUUAGGUCUUGCGAACGAUGUUCAAAUAUCUAGAACACCCACUUUCAACGGUCACUACAAGCCUGCAUGAUCCAGUUUUGUUUACUUUGUUGUUGAAAACCAUAAACAUGGAGAAAAAAGUAAACAUAACGAUCGAAUAUUUUAAUUUCUGCUAUAUAGUAAACCUAUAUUCUCAUCGAUUUAAUAGCAACUCUACCGUCGCAUGACAUUGGUUGUGCUGUUUAUGAAUAAAACAGGACUAAAUAUCAUACACAUUUUAUAAAGGUUCCAGUAUACCAUGAUGGAGGAAAAAUCAAAAGUGCACACUGAAACAGGAAACAACGCUUUUACAGUUGUAAGAGCCGGCACAUUCUUUGGAUCAAAAAUUCUGUAUAUCCUGCUAAUCACACUACAUGUAGUUUGGUUUGGUGUUGGUGUGGCAAAGCUUGUCAUCGGUCCAAUGUACAUUAACGACUGCGAUCUUGAAAAGAUGAUUCCAAUCUGGGUAAUUGUGGAUGCUUUUACGCCCAUUCUUCUUGUUGUUGGGUUUAUACCUUUUUAUAAAGACAGCAACAGUGAUGCCAUGAAAAAGUUCGGAGCUGCUUGCCUGGUGAUUGGAACUAUUUUUUCUAUAGGAUGGACAAUUUGUGGUGCCGUCGUUAUUUACCCAAACUGGAAUGAUGGUGGAGAUUGUGACACAAGGGUUGCCACAUUUGCCUUCGCUUCAAUGUGCAUUAAUUGGUCUAUCAUCGGCAUGUGGAGCCAGCUGGUCGGCCGGUUGCUCUUCUACACUUUUAGCAGAAGUGGACGAAAGACAUCCGAUGAGUCGCAAAGAUAACAAGAUACCCAGAAGGAAACAUCGGCUGGAACUACAACAGCGAGAAAAUUGCACACUUUCGUAAUAUUUUUCAUGGGUGUUGACUUUCAUGACAUUUCGAAACUACUAGAUAUUAAUACUAUCCAAUUUGAUGAGUGUUUUAAACAAGACCUCUCAAGAAAGUGGUCAUUUCAUUCGAAAAAAAAACACUGAUGACUUUAAAGGUACUUCAAGCGAAUUGAGAAUAUAUUAUUUUAUUUUUGUAAUAGGUAAAUGGUUGAUAGGAUAAAGAAGCGGAUUGGGUUUGCGGGUAGGAUAAAAAUAUUCGCGGCCCAGUCCAUUCCCACCGCAACAUUAUUAAGUCAUUUCGUGACCCAGCACCUUCCCAUCGCAACAUUGUUUUAUCUGCCCGAUUAUCCGAAAUGGUGUACCAGAUCAGGUGUACCGAAUCAAGAAACAAAAUCCGAUGUCUCAAACUUUUUAAGGUACUAUAUUCUUCUGAAUGGUGCAAUCGUUAGUUUUGUUGUUGUUUUUUUUUUGUUUUGUUUUUUUCAUUUGUGGCUUCUGAAUGUUAGUGCAAAAUAAACAGAAAAUAACACAAUUAUGAAAACUUUUCCUUAAAAUUUUUGAGUUGGUUAGAAAUCCUUGGACAGGUCUUGAUGACGGUCAUAACGUAUUUAGCACAUGCUGAAGAGUAUAAUCACGUGAAGAACUUUCAAUUAACGGAAAAAGUACUUUUCAAUUGCGUGUCUAGUAUGUUUUCUGAACACGAUUUGUGUGAACACAAGUUAAGUAUACGUAACUAAUGGUUUUGUUAGUCUAAUUAAGAAAUGUCAACUAUAUAUUUUUUUAUCUAUUUCUGUUAUGAAAUCUACCUCAUGUUUGUGCGUUUUAAACUCAAUAAACAUCUGAAAACCG